AUGGCUAGAUCAAGAGUGGUGGCUGUUGCAUUCUUGGUUCUGCUCUGCCUUGAGCUUUCGUCUGCUGCUAGGUCCAGAGCUUAUGGGGAAGGAUAUGGAAGUGGUGGUAGGGGUGGUGGUGGUGGCUCUGGAUAUGGAUCAGGAUCUGGUAGUGGUUCUGGCUAUGGAUCCGGAAGUGGAAGCGGCUCAGGCUAUGGAUCAGGAGUAAGUGUUGUAGGCGAUGGAUAUGGAAGCGGUGGUGGCGGCGGUGGGGCUGGAGGUGGUGGACGUGGAUCUGGAAAUGGUGGAGGUUAUGGCAGUGGUUGUUGGAAAAUGGGUGGUCAAGGAGGUAGAGGAGGUGGGGGUAGUGGUUCUGGAAAUGGUUCCAGCUAUGGGAGUGAUUCUGGAUACGGUUCUGGUUAUGGGUCCGGCUAUGGCGGUGGCCAAUACCCUUAA